AUGGCCCCUCCCAAACGGCGUGACGAUAACUGGAUCGAUGGCCUCCGUGGAAUUGCCUCCUUUAUCGUGGUAACAGGUCACAUCUGUACGGCCUUCGCUACCUAUCUACAUUCUCCUUCAUCCUCAAAAGAAGGCUGGCCCCUGUUCUUUCAACUGCCCAUUCUCCGCCUGUGCGUCGGCGGUCGUGCAGCUGUCUGCAUAUUUUUCCUCGUCACCGGCUUCGUCAACUCUAUUAACCCGAUAAAAAACGCACAGUCUGGCAACACGGAAGUUGCCCUGACCAACCUUGCCAAAGCUACCUUCACCCGUUCCGGGAGGCUUUUCUUCCCGACAAACAUCGCCGCCACGGUAGCAUGGACGGUUUGUCAGCUGGGUGGAUUCAAUAUGGCCACCAGGGCCGAUUCACCCUGGAUACGAAUGGUGUCCAAGACGCCUGGUCCAACUUUUUGGGAAGCCAUUAAGAAUCUGGUGCAGAAUUUGACACUUUUUUGGAAUAAUGGCUCGGGCACAUAUGACCCUGUCCAUUGGACUAUUGUGUUUUUCCUAACUGGGUCGUUCCGAAUUUAUCUGACUUUGCUGGCGACGACGUUGGUCAAGACAAAGUGGAGGGUGGCUAUUGUUAUAGCUUUGUAUUUAUUUUCCUGGUGUUCGGGCGAUUAUAUUGUUGGUAUAAACAUAUUUUCCGGCAUGCUCAUCGCCCAACUACAAGUCUAUUAUGGCUCGCGCGCAACCAGCAUGCUCCCCAAGGCCGUUCCCGCCAUCAUGAUUCUCAUAGGCCUCUUAAUCAGCUCAUUCCCCCAAGACAACCAUGACUGGAUGGCCUGGUCCGAUGCCAUGCGGCGCAUCAUGCUCCAUAUAACCCCAGGGAACACCACAAACUUUUCAGGCCGGUACUGGGUAAACCUGGGCUGCACGACGCUCAUGGCGGGCAUCUUCUUCUCUCGCAACGCGCGGCGGGUCCUCACGCACCCGGUCUUCAAUUUCUUUGGACGAUGUUCGUUCCCCGUCUACUUGUUGCACAACACACUCAUCAGGACAUUGCUGUGUUGGAUGGUAUAUGGUGCGUCGGCGUGGUCGGAAGAUUGGGGCAAGGUUAAAGGGGAUGGGAAGCCCGUCGAGCUACGUAGGGCUGGAACGGGGACUUUCGUCAUCGCAAUUCCGGUGUUUUAUGUUACGUUGUAUGCCGUGGCGCAUUUCUGGAUGGGGUGGGUUGAUCCUCUGUGCGCGAGGAUUGUAAAUCGGAUGCGGGAGAAGAUGUUUAAGGAGGAGGUGGAGUUGGGGAGGGGUACGAAGGGUGCCACUGUGAAUACGAUGGGGGGCAAGGAGAAGGAGAAGGGAAUAGAAAUGAGCAUUUCGUUGCUUUCUAAUGGAAAAGACAAUGGGGGUGAGGGUUCGAAGAAUAGUAGACCAGUAUAA